UGACCACAACAUGGCUGCGGCGCCGGGGCUGCUCUUCUGGCUGCUCCUGCUCGGGCUGCCGCGGCCGGUGCCGGGCCAGCCGCACGCGGGCACGAGCCGGCGCUUCUCGGAGCACAAGCUGUGCGCGGACGACGAGUGCAGCAUGUUAAUGUACCGGGGUGAGGCUCUAGAAGAUUUUACAGGCCCCGACUGUCGUUUCGUGAGUUUUAAAAAAGGUGACCCUGUAUAUGUCUACUAUAAACUGGCAGGGAGAUCGCCUGAAGUUUGGGCUGGAAGCGUUGGACGUAUUUUUGGAUAUUUUCCAAAGGAUUUAAUCCAAGUAGUCCAUAAAUAUACUAAAGAGGAGCUACGAGUUCCAACAGAUGAGACAGAUUUUGUUUGUUUUGAUGGGGGAAGAGAUGAUUUUGAUAAUUACAACAUAGAAGAGCUUUUAGGAUUUUCAGAAUUGUACAACUCUGCAACUGGAAAUUCCGAGAAAGCUAUAGAAAAAACUCAGCAUGAGGACACACCUCCUGAAGUAGUUGACGAAAGCGAUCUUGAACCUGAACUUGAACCUGAACCAGAACUUAACUCAGAGGAGAGUGAAAGCGUGUUUUCAGAAAACUCUAAGGAACUCAGGGAAAGAUCUAGGGCUCAGAAGAACCACCCUCACAUAAACAAUCAAGCAGGUCAUGCUCAGGGAGACCAACCUGCAUUUGAACCUUUUGAGGAAAUGCUACAAGAUAAACUAAAGGUACCAGAAAGUGAAAGCAACAAAACCAGUAAUGGAUCUCAGCUCUCCAGUGAACAGGAGAUCGAUGCUUAUAAACUUCUGAAAAAAGAAAUGACUCUGGACUUAAAAACCAAGUUUGGCUCAACUGCUGAUGCCCUUGUGUCCGAUGAUGAGACCACCAGGCUUGUUACUUCGUUAGAAGAUGAUUUUGAUGAGGAGUUGGAUAUGGAAUAUUACACAGUUGGCAAGGAAGACGAGGAAGAUGAAGAAAACUUCGAUGAGCUGCCGUUACUGACCUUCACACAUGCUGGGGAAGGUGUGAAGACGCCAGUGAAGUCUGGAGUUCAGGAAUAUCCUACAGAUACAGAGCAGAAUUCAAAUGAAAAGGAUAAGGUUGAGGUGACUCAGCCCCCCGGCAUCAAAAACUAUGAUCAAAACAUACUAACAACCUGGGAAGAUAGUAUCUUCUCCUUCACAGAAGGUGACAGACAAACGCGUGUGGAUGUAAGGAGUUCUGAUUCAGAGGAAGGAAAGGAAGGUGGUGAUGCAUUCAUCCCAGAAAGCACAUGGGGGAAACCACAAUCAGCAGCAGAUUCCACCGACCCUAAAAAGGCAGAAGAUGGGCUUUUGAUUGUAGAGGCCCCUGAAACAAACAGUGACAGAGACCCGGAAGUUCACUUUGCAGGCAAUGGGAGGAACGUUGAGGAAUCCAAGAAGGGCCUGGAGCAGGCUGAGAUGGGGCUGGAGGGGAGGCAGGAAGGCACGAAGGCACACGGUGCUACUCAAAGCAGUGACCCUGGCUCUCUGCCAGCUGCCGGAAAGGGGAAAGAAAUGUCGGAAUCGGCUUUUGAUAACAAAGAAAAUGACCCAGAAGGAGCAGCUGUUCAUAUUUCAAAAGGAAUGCUCCACGAAGAAAAGCCUGCAGAGUGGGUUUCGGAAGGUGGCUCGGAGCGUGAGGCAGUACCUCCAGCUGCAGCGAGUCAGGCGACGGGAGGAGAGAUUGAGCAGGGAUCCGUCGGCGUCGCGCCGCCGUUGGGAGGCCAUCAGCAUAACGCGUCCGUAGACGGUGUGGGAGAAGUACACGUGGUAGUAAGUGGACCAGAGCCACACACGCUUUCAGCGGAGCCUCCACGCACCGAAUCUAAAGAAGAACGGCAUCUUAAGAUGGACGGUCAACCUAGGCGCUCCCCUCCGGAUGAAGUUGCUUUGCCAGGAGCACCGGAAGAAGAGGGUCCCGUUGCGGGAAGAAAUCUUUCCUGGCCACAGAGAGAAGAGGUAGCCCCUGCCCGCGAUGGGCAGAUGGAUGGGAGGGUAGAGCGCCCCGCGGACGCGGUCCAGGAGGGCUCCUCAGGCGCACAGCUGGCUCCUCACAAGCCCGCGGAGGGCGCACAGGAAGUGGGGACAGGAGGCCAGGUGGAUAGCCCAGAAGUGCCCGGUUUCCAUCCCGAGAAGACACCAGAAGCAGAAGACGAUUACAGCCCUGAAGAACUACUGGAGGAUGAAAAUGCUCUAAGUGCAGAACAGGCUAAAAGAGCUGAGGUUCAGGGCGGGCGGUUGGAUGUUAACUCGCAGGCCCCCGCAGGGGCUGUGUUAGGCACCGCGAAGACUGAGGCAGAAGCAGAAGGGAACAAAGAAGAAACUAGUAACAUCUUGGAAAUGGAAAGAAGAAGUGACACUCUGGGCAAAGGGGUAGACGCAGGGGCCAGGGACGUGGGUAGUGGGGCGGUAGAGAAAGAAAGCCCUCUCGUGGGUGACGAAGCCCAGAGAUCACCUGAAAUCAGUGACUCUCCUGACCAAAAAAAUGAGACUCCAAAGUUAGGGGAAGUGUUUGAGAAUCAAGACUCUGAUUACUUUCAAGAAGGAGGCCCCGAGGAACACCUGCAGACCUCCGGGCGCCCCGGGAAGCCCACGGUGGAGGGACCGGCACGAGCGGACCGGGAGGACUUGCAGGGAGCGGCGGACACGGAGGCCCGGGGCUCUGCCCCUGAGGGGCACGAAGGGGACCUGCCGCUCGGGACUGUGCACAGGGCCGCGCCGCCGGCGCACGGGGACGGAGGGAAGGACUUGCCUAUCAUCGGCAGCUUCUUUAAAGACCAGCAGUCUCUGCAGCGCUUCCAGAAAUACUUCGAUGUCCAAGAGCUGGAAGCCAUGUUCCAUGAAAUGUCAUUAAAGCUGAGGUCCGCGCAGCGGGAGAGCCUGCCCUACAACGUGGACAAGGUCCUGGACAAGGUCUUCCGCGCAUCUGAGUCCCAGAUUCUGAGCACAGCAGAGAAGAUUCUGAAUGCCCGCGUGGCAGAAAACAGAGAGCUGGGCUCCAAGGAAAAUAACGUAUUUGAAGAGGCGGCGGUCUUGGACGACAUUCAAGAUCUGAUCUAUUUUGUCAGGUACAAACACUCCACCGUAGAGGAGACGGCGCCGCCGGCGACGGCGCAGCCCGCGGAGGAAGGCUGGGCUGGCCUGGAGGAAGGGAUAGAACCACCCCUUGGAGAUAGUUUCCCACAAGAUCACGCAGAAGACCUUAAAGGACAGAUUCCCAAAGAGCCCAGCCAGUUGGAUCAACCUGGUACUGGUGACAAGCAUGGCUCAGACGUGUCACAGAAGCUGAAUACCGAGAAGGACAUAGAUCCAGGGAUAAUUUCAAUGGAAAGCAGUCCUGUUGAUGCUGUUGAUGUAAAAAAGCAACUAGAAACAAAUGCUGAAGAGCCAGCAAGUGUCACGCCCUUGGAAAAUGCGAUUCUUGUAAUAUAUUCAUUGAUAACUUACUUAACUACGACGUUAGUUGCUACAUUGCCUGAUGAUGUUCAGCCUGGGCCUGAUUUUUAUGGGUUGCCAUGGAAGCCUGUGCUUAUCACUGCCUUCUUGGGACUUGUUUCAUUUGCCAUUUUCUUCUGGAGAACUGUCCUCGCUGUAAAGGAUAGAGUAUAUCAAGUCACUGAACAGCAGAUUUCUGAGAAGUUGAAGAAUAUCAUGAAAGAAAAUGCAGAACUUGUACAAAAAUUGUCAAAUUAUGAACAGAAGAUCAAGGAGUCAAAGAAACAUGUUCAGGAAACCAAGAAACAGAAUAUGAUUCUGUCUGAUGAAGCAAUUAAAUUUAAGGAUAAAAUCAAGAAACUUGAAGAAACAAAUGAAGUUCUGGAUAAUACAGCUAAAAAUCUGCGUGUUAUGUUAGAAUCUGAGAGAGAACAGAAUGCAAAGAAUCAGGACUUGAUUCUGGAAAACAAGAAGUCUAUAGAGAAGUUAAAGGAUGUUAUUUCAGUGAAUGCCUCCGAGUUUUCAGAGGUUCAAAUUGCUCUUAAUGAAGCUAAACUUAGCGAAGAAAAGGUGAAGUCUGAAUGCCAUCGGGUUCAAGAAGAAAAUGCUAGGCUUAAGAAGAAGAAAGAGCAGUUGCAGCAGGAAAUCAAAGAUUGGAGUAAAUCACAUGCUGAGCUCAGUGAGCAAAUUAAAUCAUUUGAGAAGUCUCAGAAAAAUUUGGAAGUAGCUCUUACUCACAAAGAUGAUAAUAUUAACGCUUUGACGAAUUGCAUUACACAGUUGAAUCGGUUAGACUGUGAAUCUGAAUCUGAGGGUCAGAAUAAAGAAGGAAGUGAGGUGGAUGAAUUAGCAAAUGGAGAAGUGGGAGGUGACCGGAGUGAGAAGAUGAAAAAUCAAAUUAAGCAGAUGAUGGACGUUUCUCGGACACAAACUGCAAUAUCAGUAGUUGAAGAGGAUCUAAAACUUCUACAGUUUAAGCUUAGAGCCUCGAUGUCUACUAAAUGCAACCUGGAAGAGCAGAUAAAGAAAUUGGAAGAUGAGCGCAGUUCACUGCAGUCGGCCAAGGCCGGCCUGGAAGGCGAAUGCCAAACCCUGAGGCAGAAGGUGGAGAUUCUGAACGAGCUGUAUCAGCAGAAGGAGACGGCUCUGCAGAAGAAACUGAGUCAGGAGGAGUUUGAGCGGCAAGACCGAGAGCAGCGGCUGUCAGCUGCAGAUGAAAAGGCACUUUUGGCUGCAGAGGAAGUAAAAACGUACAAGCGCAGAAUUCAAGAAAUGGAGGAUGAAUUACAGAAAACCGAGCGCUCAUUUAAAAACCAGAUCGCUACUCAUGAGAAGAAAGCUCACGACAACUGGCUCAAGGCUCGCGCUGCAGAAAGAGCUAUGGCAGAGGAGAAGCGGGAAGCCUCCAACUUGAGGCACAAGUUACUGGAAUUAACCCAGAAGAUGGCAAUGCUGCAGGAAGAGCCGGUGAUUGUGAAGCCGCGGCCGGGGAGACCCAGCGCCCAGAACCCUCCGUGGAGAGGUCCUCUGAGCCAGAACGGCUCUUUUGGUCCAUCUCCUGUGAGUGGGGGGGAGUGCUCCCCUCCCCCGACGGCCGACCCGCCUGCCCGACCGCUCUCUGCUACCCUCAGUCGAAGAGACAUGCCUAGAGGUGAAUUCGGAUCAGUGGACGGGCCUCCACCUCGUCCUCGAUGGUCAUCUGAGGCGUCUGGGAAACCCUCUGCGUCUGUAGAUCCAGGAACUGGUGCGGCUCCCAUGAUGAACAGCGGUUCAAGGAGCUCUUCCCCAAGUAAGGGGACGGAUGAAGGCAAGCAAACUGUUUCCCAAGACCCCGAAGGCCCCUCAGCUCCCAGCAUUCCGUCUGUGGCUGAGCAGUCAGCAGUAGUUCCUAUGGCUGCAAAAGGGCCACCUCCUUUCCCAGGGGUGCCCCUCAUGAGCUCGCCCGUGGGAGGCCCUCUACCGCCGCCCACUCGGUACGGACCACCGCCUCAGCUCUGCGGGCCUUUCGGGCCUCGGCCACUGCCCCCGCCAUUUGGUCCUGGCUUCCGUCCACCACUAGGCUUGAGAGAAUAUGCGCCAGGCAUUCCACCCGGGAAACGGGACCUGCCGCUCGACCCUCGAGAGUUUUUAGCGGGACACACACCUUUCAGACCGUUGGGCUCUCUUGGCCCGAGAGAGUACUUUAUUCCCGGCACCCGACUACCACCCCCACCCCCCGGCCCCCAGGACUACCCGCCUCCACCUGCUGCGAGAGACUUCCUGCCUUCCAGCUCCAGAGACGAGCCCCCGCCUGCCUCCCAGAGCAGUAGCCAGGACUGUUCACAGGCUUUAAAACAGAGCCCGUAACUGUGACCUCUGACACACAGUCUGAGAGAGAGUGACUGGGCACAUUCGUUACAGUAAAGGAUUUCAUUGGCUUCAAAAUCCAAAAGUUUAUUUUAAAAGGUUUGUUUUUAGAACUAAACUGCCCUGGCAGUGUGCAUUUUUGAGCCAAACAAUUGAAAAAUACCAUUUCCCCCUAAAUAAAACCACCUCAUAAGCUAGAGCCUUCUGACAACCUUGAAAUGUGCAAUAAAGAAUACCUGUGUUCUAGUUAACGUAGCGCGUAACUGCUCAAUGAUUUAGAGUGUCCUGAGAAAUAUGAACAUUUCCUGUGGAAAUGCUAGAAUAUGUAUUUCCAUUUAUUACCUGUUUUUAGUGUACACCAGUUGAAUACAGAGCAAUGGUGUUUAUAAGCUUGGUUUUUUAAAAUAUCUGGUCGCAAAGACUGUUACGCUAAAAAUGUUUACUAUAAGGUCAUUGACUUUCUCUCCCUUCUUGAAGUUCUUUGUAGUAAUAGUUCAUAAAAAUUUGGUUAUUAGUAUC